AUGACUCCAGUUACCAAAAAUCCGGUGAACCGAGAAGUUUGGGAUCGAAAACUCGGAAAAACAUUCAAACUGAAUUGUGAGAAGUCUCGGGAUCCUUAUGUCUGUUUGAGCCAUUUCCCGGCUAAAAAAGCUUCGAAUCCUCGAGCCAAAGUAUUUCCAUAUCAGAAUGGAAGACCACGUACUCGAAAAGUGGAAGAAUCUGAUACUGAGGAAGAAUCAAGCACCGAUGAAGAAGAUGAUUUUUUCACUGAUCCAAAUUAUGAAGUCGAAGACGAAUACGAGUGCGAAGGGAACAAUAUGCGAUGA